UCGUUUAAUUUAAGCUUAAUUCAAGCUUUUAUGAGCCAACCUUAAGGACUGAAUUGUAACUUAAAAAACAACAAACAAGCAUAAUCUUUCCACUCCAACUUUAUGAAUUGUACCACCACUGCAUGACGGCGUCACGGCGGAGCCACCGCUAUGUCGAAACUUCAACUGAAAGACUGCAUAGAACCGCUAUUAAACUUCACUCUUACUUUAUCCAUCGAAGAGUCCAUUAACACAGGUUUAUCCAAUGAAUUCUGCUCUAAUCUCCUCAAAGAAGACGAUCAUGAUCUCAUCCAGUCAUCUUCAACUUCAUCUGCCGACGUUUUUGAAGGCGUUCCUCCAUAUCCUUUAUACAAGUACUUAUCAUCAGCUUUGCUCGAUACGAUUUCCUCUGGGACGAUACAUAAAAUGCAUACCAAUACGCCUUUGAUCCAUGAAGAUUCUUCCUUGAAACAAAAAGAAUACGAGUGGAACAACAUUAUUAGGGAAAAAGGAUCCGAUCUAAUAAAAAUGUUGGAUACUGUUGAGUUUGAACUUCAUGUUCAGGAGCCCUUUUUCUCUCAACUCAAAGACGGACAUAAAACCAUUGAAGGGAGGUGUGCUGGUCGUUUAAAUCGUAUUAAAUCAGGAUCUUUGAUUCUCUUCAACAAAUGUUUGUUGCUUCAAGUUGAGGAUGUUCAUUUGUAUGCUUCUUUUUCUGACAUGCUAGCAGCCGAGGGUCUCGCUAAAGUUCUACCAGGUGUUGAUACCAUCGAAGAAGGGAUACAAAUUUAUAGAAAGUUUUACUCGGAAGAGAGAGAAAAGUCCAAUGGUGUUCUUGCUAUACUUGUAAAACCGACACCACAGCUUUACGAUCAUCUGGCAUCUAUUCUUGCGGCAUUGAGUUACGAUGGCAUUCAAAGGCUUCUGGGUAUUUCACAAACUGUAGGAACGGUUUCCGAUGCACUUCCCCUGCCCAGAUCGACAUUACUUUCGGCUUUUACAUUGACACAUAAUCCCGAUUCUCUGCUUAGUGACAACUUAAUUUCCUGUUGGCUUGAGGUUAAAGGUUCGGUUUUGAGUGAUGGAGCUCGGGCUUUAGCUAAGCAUGUCAACAGGAGCAACGGGAAAUUUUGGGGCUCCUUCUCUGGAAAUGAGUCUCAUAAGAACAUGCUCGCCUUAAAGGUGAUUAAUCACUUGAUAGACCAUUGUCGCUGGCUAAAUGUGCAUAUUGUUCCACCACACGGGCCCGUUUUUGAGAUCCGGGUUCAGGAUGGUUAUGGUGCAAGAUGGUCCUUAAACCCAACCAAGUUCAUUGGAUUUCUUGAACCGCAUAUGGAGGAUGGUUACGCAAGAGGCUGGAAACAUUAAAACAUCCUUUUAAGCUGGCGGUGAUGGUGAUGGUGGUGAGGGAUCAAGGACGGCAAUGUUCUGUUUAGCCGUUAUGAUCUUGCUGACUGGACAAAGUUUGCAUAGUCUAUGGUCAAAGAAAGACCAAUGAGUGAAAACAAAUGUCACCAAACAACAAAAAAUGUAUCAUUUGAGGAGUCAAUGUCUUGUGUGAGGAUCAGUUAGUUACUGUUAUAAUGUUUUUUUGGAAUGACAUAUUUCAUAAGAUUCUCCAAAAGGCCGUAUAGGUAGGGUGCAACACCUAUGUACGACAACUAUUUUAUUCUAUAGUUCGGCUAUGGAGACUUCUAUAUUGAUUUUUAGGGAUUAAACAACUUUGAACUUUUCAGCUUUGUAUUGUAUCUACCCUUAGGUUUUUC